CACUGCGCACGCGCGGAGCGGCCGCGGGGCCCUGCCGAGGGGGAGGGGCCCGGUCCCACCGCCUCCCGGCGCCGCCGCACGGGGAGGGCGAUGGCGAGCCUGCUCCCCGCGGCAGCCUCCUCUCCCGCCGGCGCCCCGGCGCGGAGCAAGAAGCGCCCGGCGAGCCCGGGCACCGGCAGCGGCCCGGCCAAGAAAAAGAAAGUGGCGACGGCGGCGGGCGGCUCGCAGAGUGCAGGUGGAGAGGCCAUGAAUGAAAAUAAAUUUCUGAACACAGACUCCAGCACAGGAUCAGUGGAAACAGCCGUCAAGCCAUUACCAUUUAAAGAUCCAAAAUUCAUUCACUCCGGCAUUGGUGGAGCAGCAGCUGGCAAGAAGAACAGAACUUGGAAGAACCUAAAACAAAUUCUUGCUUCUGAAAGGGCAUUGCCAUGGCAACUAAAUGAUCCUAGCUAUUUUAGUAUUGAUGCUCCUCCAUCCUUUAAGCCUGCCAAGAAAUAUUCCGAUAUUUCAGGACUUCCAGCAAAUUACACAGAUCCCCAGAGCAAGCUGAGAUUUAGUACUAUUGAAGAAUUUGCUUAUAUUCGGAUGCUCCCUUCAGAUGUGGUUACAGGAUACCUGGCUCUAAGGAAGGCAACAAGCAUUGUUUCCUGAAAGGACCAAAUAUUGUUGCGUAUCAUUCCUGAAUGGCUCUAGUUUUGAGAAUCACGACGGAAACUGCCUGCAGGAUUGAGGUUCUUUAAAACUCUCCAUGGAUAUUUACAUCUGGAAGUAGUUGAUGAUACAUGGGUUUGAAUGAACAUACGGUUUUAAUUUGGAUAAAUACUUGUAUUUGUUGGUUUGCCAAUUUGUAAGCAAUUUGGUUUGGUGAACAGAAUAACUUAGACCUUAAGGAUAUAGAUCGGCACCAUAAUGUCCAAGUUACAUCAAUUUAUUUAGAGAAAGGAUUUCAUCCCUACCCUAUAUGUUUUAUGUACUGCUCUGGCUCAGAAGAAGAAACGGCCAUAUGAAUAAAGGGAAAGGUACUAAGAUAUCGCAGCUUCCAAACCUGCCUUGCAGAUGUGCUUGCCACUUGUCUAUGAAGAAGUCUGUCCCACCUGUAAAAAUGGAAGUUAAAAUACCAAGUGCUGCUAUCACAAUGACUGCUAGUGGUACUGACCACUGUGGAAGUGAACAGCUUCACACAAAUAUUUACACUGGAGUAAUGUCAGCAUAAAUAAAGUUGGACUCAAACGUG